UCAAUGAUUGACAAGUUUUCGAGGAAAAUGGAAGAACACAUAUUUGUUUAAGGUUAUACAAUAUUAUUUUGUUGGUUGAUUUAUUUACAAUUCGGCUAACUUUUCCUGUAAGACACAUGAAGUGAGUUAUCUGUCAAGAAUUCAUAUGUAGAAGAUUGUUCGACGGGGCACAAGAUUUGUUGCCAAGAUGAGUAAGAUGUAUACAACCGCCUAUCUCUCCGACAAGGAGUUGAAGGAACAAGGAAAUCGUUUUUUCAGUCUUCAUAAAUACGAGGAUGCUGCGUCCUGCUACACCAAAGCAAUUAUCAAAAAUCCAACCCAAGCUCAAUACUUUACGAAUCGAGCGCUGUGUAACCUGAAAUUAAAACGAUGGGAAUCGUCCUGUCAAGACUGCAGACGUGCUCUUGACAUCGAUCCAUGUCUGGUGAAAGGUCAUUUUUUCCUGGGUCUGGCACUACUUCAAAUGGAACUUUUCGAUGAAGCUGUUAAACAUUUACAGAGAGCUGUGGAUUUGGCCAAGGAACAAAAAUUAAACUAUGGAGAUGAUAUGACCAGUGUUUUAAGACAAGCACGUAAACGUUGUUUUGAAUUGAGAGAAGAACAAAGAAUUGUUCAAGAUAUUGAAUUACAAUCAUAUUUGAAUCAGUUGAUAGCAGAAGAUGCUGAACAAAGCAUAGCUGCUUUAAAAGAACAAGAAGCAGCUAAAGAUGCAGAUAGUAAAGCUGAAGGAGAAGCUGCAUCUAGUGAAUUUAUAAGAAAGAAAGAAGAGAUAGAAGAAAAAAGAGAUACAUAUAUGACUCACCUUAAUGACUUAUUUGCUAAAGUGGAUGAAAGAAGAAGGAAAAGAGAAGUACCUGAUUAUUUAUGUGGAAAGAUUAGUUUUGAAAUUUUACAAGAACCUGUAAUUACACCAAGUGGGAUUACAUAUGAACGAAAAGAUAUUGAAGAACAUUUGCAAAGGGUGGGACACUUUGAUCCAGUUACUAGAGUUCGAUUAACUCAAGAUCAGUUAAUCCCCAAUUUAGCAAUGAAGGAAGUAGUAGAUACAUUUUUGCAAGAAAAUGAGUGGGCAUUAUAUUAUUAA